CGGACCCCGGGCGCCGGGACCCCGGGCGCCGGGACCCCGGGCGCCAGGACCCCGGGCGCCGGGACCCCGGGCACCCGCACCCCGCUGGCGCCCCGCACGGCGCCGCUGCAGCCGCUGGCCAACACGCGGCUGACGCCGAACGCGAGGGAGCGCUCGCCCGCGCUGCCGCCCGGGUACCUCAGUCCCGCCGCCUCGCCUGAUGAGCUGCUGAUACAACAGAGAGGUCGCAAGCGUCUCCCAGUGACGUGGUCGCCGGACAUCGACCUGAAGCGUCAGUCCUUCCACUCCACCGUGCGCACCCCGCCCCGCGCCUCGCCGCCCCGCGCCGGCGUCAACACGCGCUCCACGCCGCGCAAGCGCCUGCUGCUCGACGACAGGUCCCGCUCACACCGGAAAAGAGACUUCAGCGAUAUAACUACCCCGCAGAAAUUCAAAAUCACCAGCCCCCUCAAAGGCACCCCACCUAUCAAGCGCCCCCGCAUAGAGCGGACUCUCGAAGCGGACUUCAAAAGCCCUAUCGACAUGGCCUUGAAAGGUUUAAGCCCGACGCAAUUAAUCAACGUUAUCAAAACCAUCACUUAUAAACACCCAGAAAUCGAAAAGGAGAUACGCAUGGAAAUGCCCGUUCCCGAUCUAGCCCCGCUUGAAGAACGAUUGAGCUACUUAAAGUCGAACAUAUUUAAAAGCUUGCCGUCUUCCCGCUUGACGUCUAAAACCGAUUCGCCGGCGUACUCGCGCGUAGCGACACAUUUAGGCGCGUUCAAGAAGUGCGUUAUCGAGCAGGGGAACCUAGUCGAGUCUCAGCACUGGACUAGUGUUUUGGAGUACGUUUUCCUAGCUUGGAGCUACGCGCGGGCGACACCCGUGUGGGACCAUCCAUCCCAUAACGCGGCUAGGAAGCAGUGCUUCAAAGCGCUGGUCAACUUUUGCAUGAGCGCCUUAAAGAAGGGUACUUUCGAGAAGGAGUUUUUGAUAGACGUGCAGGAGAAACUGCAGGGCAUGGUGUCUGAUGCUGAGGAGAUACAGUCCUGCCUCAAACAUGUUCAAGGACACUUGCAGGAGUUUUGAUAUGUCGUAUAGAGAGGAGCCACGCACACAAAUACAAGUCAUAUACUUACAUGAUUUUUUUUAAAUAGCUUUUAUUUCCAAUAGCAGUUUGUGCUGCCUCAACCUGUCUAAAGAUUUGUUCUAUCUCCUCUCUUAUAAUUGCUUUCGUUCAAUAUUUGCAUUUAUUCGGAAUUUAGUAAUUAGGCAAAAUGUUUAGAUAAUUCUUUGAUUUUUCAUUAGUUAAUUGAAUGUCGCGAUUUAAUGAUUUUUUUAUUAUUGAACAAUCAAUUUGUAUCUUAUUUUAAUUGCCAUAUUUUUGAAUUGUGAUUUAUUCUAAACGACUGGUGUUGAAGAGAAUCAAGGAUAAUUAUAAUAAUGUACCUAAGUUUUGUCUUCCAUAUACGGAAGUGUUAUUUAAGUUGUUUGAUUCUUUUCGAAGCUGUGAAAAUGCCAAAUCUUCAGUCUUAGCAGUAAUAAUGUUUUUAAUUUUCCUUUAGAUGGUUUUUACUCUUGCAUAAUUUGCAAAGCCAAAUUUUGUAUGUUUUGACAAUCAAAAAUAUGUUGCUCAAGUAAUAUUUCUCAUAAAAGUAAGACUGACAUAUCAUUUUUUCAGUUUUAUGUUAAUGAAAUUUAAAAAUGUGCCUUAAUCUUAAUAAAUGUUAAUGUUUAAAUGUCUCUUAUUUGACGAAAUAUCGCUUGAUAUUGUGUAACAGUUUGUGUUCUAGUUUUAAGUAUUUUUACGCUUAAUAAAUCGUAU